UUAAUUGAAGCUGGUGUGAAGCAGGCAGCCACCCCCACUCCUCCGCGAUGGUUAAAGCUGUGCUCGCGGCUGCCUCCACCCUCACCACUCAGCUCGUCCCAACCUCGCGCCAACCUCUGUGCUAUUGUCCCACGAGUGGAAACGGUUUCAGCACCGGGACAGAUCCGCCACCGUCUCAUGGCAACAUGGCGACAGAGUUUCAUAACCUUCAGGAUCUAAGGCAUACUGCCUCGUUGGCCACCAAGGUGUUCAUUCAGAGGGACUACAGCGAGGGCACUGUCUGCAAGUUCCAGACCAAAUUUCCUGCUGAGCUGGACAGCAGGAUCGAGCGGACACUGUUUGAGGACACUAUAAAGACACUUAAUAACUACUAUGCAGAAGCGGAGAAGAUUGGUGGACAUUCUUACCUGGAGGGCUGUCUGGCCUGUGCCUCAGCUUACAUCAUCUUCCUCUGCAUGGAGACACGCUAUGAAAAGGUCCUGAAGAAGAUCUCCACAUACAUUCAGGAGCAGAAUGAGAAGAUCUACGCCCCUCGGGGCCUACUCAUUACAGACCCCAUUGAGAGAGGAAUGAGAGUGAUAGAAAUCUCCAUCUUUGAAGACCGCAGCUCUAGUGGCUCCAGCUCCAGUGGUAGUUCUACGUCCAGCAGCAGUGCUCGGUGACUGGAGGAGCAGCACCAGGGGUACGGGUAUCGGGAGGCCAGGGGGCUCCCCAAGAUCCGCAUGUUGAAACAUGAGAGCACCAGAUUCUAAAUGAAGAGGAAGUAAAUGUCACUUCUUCCUCUUCCUCUGUCUCUCUGCUGUGCCAACCAUCGCAAAAGCAAAGAGCAUAAACUCACACUUAACCUUCCUUAACCCUGUCCCUUCAUAUUAUCCAAUCCUCUGCAUUUCCAUUAGCCACAAACUUGGUCUCUGUGCUACGUUUACCAGCAAUCAAGUUAAAAAUGUUUUGUUUUUUUGCCGUCCAUAUAGUUACCAUUACGAAGAUGCUUUAAUCAAGAUAUUUUCCUAAGGUUAGUUUAGCUAUCCAUCUAUUCCUGUCCAUUUUGAGAAAUAGUUUUGCAUUUGGCAGCUGGGUUGAUACUGGAUAGUAGCCUACCUACCAGGUCUUUUUUAGAGGCACUGAUGCAGUUCACUGCCAGUCCUGACCUGUGCAGAGCUUGAGGCUUCCGUUCACCCAGCCAGCUCCACCAUUCACCUGUGGCUCAGUGGCUCAGUGUUUUGUGGUGUGGGCAGCAUGCCCAGCUAGACAGAGCUCUCCCAGCGUCUCACCUCAUUGGGAAAGCAAGCAAGCUUCAGCCCUUCUGGGGCCUUUUGUCUCUCUGAGAUGAAAGCUAAUCAUCAUUUCUGCUUGUACACAAAGCUGCACAGUUGAUGAGGGGAACAGAGAGGCGGAGCAAGGUCAGGCUUCCAAAUGAACAUCAGAUAAAGUACAUUUAGAGGAGCUUAAAUCAACAGCUAUUUUAUAUGGGUUCUACAAUAGGAACAGCUUUGAAGUCAUCAUGUGUUAUGUACAUUCUGAUGCAGUUGGUAAAUUUUGUAUUAAUGAUAGCCUCAAGGCUGUACAUCCAAAUCCACACUCAAGCUUAGUCUAUAGAGGGAAAAAACCCUUUCACUCCCUCUAUGUGGAAUAUGACGGGUUUAUGUCACAGAAUGAGAACAGAUUGUGAUAUGAUUCCAGUUUUCUUUGCCUGCCCUUUGAUCUUCAUUAAUUUAGUGGCACUCUGGGCACUGCAGCCACAACAUGGGAGUUCAAAGUAACCUGGAACAAACAGCACUGCUAUGAUUUGUAGUAUGAAUAGCAGUUGUUUACUCAGAUUUGAAAGAGAGACUGAUUAGAUUCAAAGCAAAUGGAAAUGUAAGAAAUCUUUGCAUCAGAGGUCUUUUCAUUCAGUUCUAUGGAAACAGUUCUUUUUGUGUCCCUUUUCACAUUCUUCAUUCUUCUAUUUCAAUAUAUCUCAUACUUUUAUAUUAUUAUUAUUAUUUGAAAAAGAAUGUUGAUCCAUAUAUAUACUGCUUACAAGGAGCGCGUUAUAGUCUGAACAUGUGCAGUUGGUGCUGCGAAUUCUGUAAUCCAUGUUCAUGUAGCAGAAAGUUAUUUAAGCACAGUAAGCGCCCUUUUUGCAGAUAUGUAUGGAAAAUUCAUAAUUUUUGCCUUAUUUUGAGUUACUUAAGUUUAAGUAGAUAAAGUCGAUGGCAUACUAUUUUCUUUAUAUAUUGCUUCAUUUGUUUCUUUUCUUUCUUACUUUCAGUUUUCACCUGGCUAUCCUAAAACCCCUUCUGAUCUUUCCUAUGGUUGGUUGCCUUUUUUAUCCCCCCAAGACUCCUCAGUAAGCCAGUGCUGGUCUCUGAGCUGGCCAUCAGAUCAGUACUGCUCUAGUGUGCACCUCCUUGUGCCUACUGCCUUCAUGUUUCAUCGCUGUGGGGAUACCCAACCUGGUGCUGACCAACUGGAAAAUCCUGACAGCCAGAGAGCCGUCUGUAAAUUGUACAUGACUUGCACUAUAGAUGCAUGAGAUUUGUUCUGUUUUUGUGUAGCCAAAAAGUAGAACGUCAGUUUCCAAGUGAAACCUCUGUAUUGGUGUUCAGUUAUGAAAGGCCCUUGAGUUAAAUAUAAAGAUUGUGUGUUCAUGUAUGCAUGUAUAAAAUGAGAGUGUGGUCAUGGACAUAUGGGUACAGUGUAUAUAGACAUACAGGGAUAUUUCAGAUUUAUACAAUGUAUAAGGGUAGGUGAGAGUUUUUAGCAUGCACAGUUUAGUAAACUUUUUUAACUGUAAUUUAUUGUAAGAAAAGCAAAGAAGCAAAUGCUAACUUGAAUUAUUGAAUUUAGUAAAAAUGGACAAAUGAAGGCUAAUGCCAGUUUUAUUUGUGUUAUCGUUGAUGUAAGACAGCUAUAAUGGAUUAGACAAGGCUGUGACAUUGUAUGUUUUGGAUUGGCUUAUGGUUGGCUGACAUUGACUCUCACCAUGGACAUUGGUGCCCCUCUGGCACAUAUUUAAAAAACAUUUCCUACAAAAACAUGACACAAAAAUUUAACAUACAUUAAAACGACAUAUGGUACCAUA